AUGUUUCUAGAAAAGAUUUACAUAUUCCUCUGGUUUUGGCAUAUUAUACUGACAAUCGUCACUAUCACCUCUCUAGUCAGUUGGCUAAAAAGACUUUUUUGGCGUCGAUCGCGUGUCAAAUUUAUUCGACAUUACCUCAAGGUAGUGAAUGCCCUACCACCGAUUCUUGAGCCCAGAGAUCGUCAACGAACUCGGCAAUUUGUCGAGGAAUAUCUCACCCCUGACGCCUUCUUCCUCAUUCGUCUGAUUGGUGCCAAUAGCGGGGACUUUCUAGCAAGUGAAUUGACACAUCAACUUUGGUUAAGCUUUAUUGGCCGAGCUGUUCCCGCCAUGUCCCUAUCUUCUUCAACUCCCCAAGGUCGACUAUGUCCCAAGCAUGCUAUCUGCUCCUGUGAUUCCUGUUACUUCGGUGGAAGUCGCUAUAAGUCCUAUGGUAGCUCCAAGGCAACUGAAGGUCGCAUGUUCGGGGUGAAGUAUUACCCUGGAGAUCGAAGUUCCCCGAAACACAAAAUAGGUCCAACCAUUUUUCAACAAAUCCAAAUGAGUGGUGAUCCUAUUAGUAACAGACAAUGCGGCUGCGAGGACGUAGAGGAGGUGGCAGAAUCGGUCGAAAAACCAAUACCCGGUAAACCGAAUGGAAACAACUCUGAAGACAUUGUAUAG